AUGAGAAUGGCAGGUGUGCACCCCACGGGCGAAGGCAUCCCAACCUUCGGCAAGCGCUUCGCCAUUCUGAACCUUGACUUAAUGGCAAUCAUGUUCGACAGCAUCAAGGAUACCGACGAAGGCAAGCUUUUCGUGUCUAAUUGCGUCCGAUGGAACGAAGCCGUGCACCAGCAUCACCCAAGGCCGCUUACCAUUUUCACCGCUCUCUGCUUAUCAAACUCCUCCCAACCGGAGCUGGCAAGACCCUCACCAUUCGCGAACCUUAUUGAUGAAUUCGGAGACUUUGUGAAAGGCUCCCCAGAAGUCCAGAUUGACAAAAGUUUGAAGCUGGACGAGAAGGACAUUGUUCUUCACAAGACGAGGUGGUACGCUGGUGCUGGGAACGCCUUGGAGCAAAUGUUGAAAGCGCAGGAUAUCAACACGGUUAUCAUUUCUGGCAUCACCCUUUCUGGCGUCGUCAUGAGCACCGUAUACCGCCUGUUCGAUCUCGACUACGAAAUUUACGUCAUCCCUGACAACGUGAUGGAGUUUCCUGGCGACGGUAGCGCGGAGUUGAGAGAAUGUCUCCUCAGAACUCAGUUGAAGAAUAUGAACAUCGGUGUCAUCACGCUAAAUGAGGCUUUGAGAAUGCUGGAAUCAUCUGGGUAA